UUCAGUGCAUUGUAUAUAUAUGUGCUCUGUUCCACCUUCGCCUUGCCCAUCAAAUGAAAGCAGCAGCAAUGGCUUCCAUGAUCACUGCUUCUCUUCUGGUCUUCUCUCUUCUCCAUUUGGGCAAUGCGUUGAGCGUGGACUACUACGCCAAGACCUGCCCGGAUGCCGAACGAGCAGUAACUGCGGCCGUGAAGAAGGCCAUAGCGAAUGACAACACAGUUCCCGCGGCUCUGCUUCGCAUGCAUUUCCAUGACUGUUUCAUUAGGGGCUGCGAUGCUUCCGUGUUGCUGAACUCGAAGGGGGGCGAGAAAGCAGAGAAGGACGGGCCUCCGAACAUCUCGCUCCAUGCGUUCUACGUCAUCGACCACGCCAAGAGGGCAGUGGAGAAGCUGUGCCCGGGCGUGGUUUCCUGUGCCGAUAUUUUGGCUUUGGCUGCUAGGGACUCGGUCGCACUGUCGGGAGGGCCGGCGUGGGAGGUUCCGCAGGGUAGAAGAGAUGGGAGGGUUUCCAGAGCCAACGAGACGAAUCAACUGCCGGCUCCGACCUUCAACCUCACGCAGCUGAAGCAGAGCUUCUCGCAGAGACGACUGUCCACCAAGGACUUGGUAGUUCUCUCAGGAGGGCACACCUUGGGCUUCGCCCACUGCUCCUCCUUCCAGAACAGGAUCCACAACUUCAACGCGACCACCGACGCGGACCCCACGCUGGACCCCAGCUUCGCGGCGCGGCUCCGGCGGAUCUGCCCCGUCCACAACAAGGUGAGGAACGCAGGGUCGGCCAUGGACACCGUCACCCCCGCCGUGUUUGACAACGCCUACUACGAGCUGCUCCUCCGAGGCCGGGGCUUGUUCUCCUCCGACGAGGCCCUUCUCACGCACCCUAAAACCCAAGGCUUCGUGUCCCACUUUGCGAGCUCGCAGGAAGACUUCUUCAAGGCGUUUGUGAAGUCCAUGGUCAGGAUGGGAAACUUACAGGGAGGAGAGGAAGUGAGGAAGGACUGCAGAGUGGUUAAUUAAUUGAGUAACUUUGGUGGUUUCAUAAUAAUUAUUGUUAAUUAUCAAAUUGCCUUGCUCAUUUGAGUUUAA